CCUGACGCACGAACACAGAACGCCCAGGCACAGAAACACGCGUGCACCCGCCGCCGCAAUUUUCGCUGCCUCCCGCGCGUGCUUGCCCCGUCCCGCCGCCUCCUCCAACUGAACCGCGCCGCCGCCUCCGUAUCCCCGCGCCGCCUCCUCCUUAUCCCCAGGCACUGAACCGCGCUGCCUCCUCCUUCGGCGCCGACCAACUCUGCCGCCGCCGCCGCCGCAUCCCCCGACCCCCUCCGCCACUGGACCUGCACUCGACCACCCCCCUACACCUACCCUGCCCACCUCAGCUGCCCAUCCCGUCCUGUACACCUACGCCGCCUCCCCUACAUCGACCAUCUCCGGCGUCUACGUCGACAGCGACCAACUCCGACUUCUAGGUUGUCUGCGCCGGACGAGCUCCUCUGGCUCGCCGUAUGAGCUUUUGUGCAAGUACCCGUCGGUUGCAAGAAAGAGGUAGCACAUGGCGGUGAUACCACAUCAUCGGCUAUAUGAAUUCGCUAAGGCUGCACUUAUCAAAAUAUUUGCAUUUCCUUAUGCCACGGUUUGUGACAUGUACUGCAAUGGUGGAGCUGAUACAGACAAGUGGGGUGAGGCCCAAAUUGGUCACUACAUAGGAAUUGAUGCUUCUGCACCGGCUGUCAGUGAUGCCCAUGAACUAUGGGAGAACAAAUGGAAGCAUUUCACUGCUGAGUUCAUCAAGUUGAAUCCUUCCGCUGAUGACUUUGAAGCUCAGUUGCAAGAAAAAGGCAUCGAAGCAGAUAUAGUUUGUUGUAUGCAGAAUUUACAGUUAUGCUUUGAAAGUGAGGAACAAGCAAAGAAGCUUCUAAAUAAUGUAUCGUCAUUGCUCAAACCUGGAGGCUAUUUUCUUGGCAUAAUUCCUGAUUCAUCUACAAUAUGGACGAAAUAUCAAAAGAAUGUGGAGGCUUCACAUAAUAAGGGUCUGAAGACUGUUCCAAAUAGCAUUCGCUCAGAGAACUACACAAUUACCUUCGAAAUCGAGGAAGAAAAGUUUCCUUUCUUUGGAAAGAAGUACCAACUCAAAUUUGCAAACGAAGUGAUGUUUGAGAAUCACUGCCUGGUCCACUUUCCCAGCCUUAUGAGAUUAGCAAGGGAGGCUGGACUUGAAUAUGUGGAGAUCCAGAAUUUAACCGACUUUUAUGAUGACAACAGACCACAGUUUGCUCCAAUGCUUAGUAAUUUUGGUUCCAAUUUGGUGGAUCCUCGUGGUAAACUAAUUGCUCGUUCCUAUGAUAUUUUAGGCUUGUAUUCAAUUUUUGUAUUCCAGAAGCCCGACCCAGAUGCAAUACCACCUAUUGUAACGCCUGACCUGCAUGGUUCUGAUAAUGCUCAUGAAGAGGAAAGGCUCUGGAGGCAGCAGGCAGCAGUGGACGAUGGGAGGCGCUCACAAGCAGAUCUGAUUCCCCUGGAUCCUGAGAAAGGCAUCCUAGGUCCAGGACCGGCAGAUAUGAGGCUUUAGUUUGCCGGAAAUUCAGAUGUAGAUGUAAACUUAGGGUAAUGAGAUUCUCCCUUAGUUGAUGGUGCAUGCCUGUAUGGUAAUACUCUCUAUUUUAUGGAACCUAGACAUGGAGAAAAACAAUGAAAGUCGGUACACGUAUCGUCGUAUAUUUGCAUC